AUGGUUCUCGAGGCGACGGUGGUGUGCGUAGACAACUCCGAGUGGAUGCGGAAUGGCGACUACGCGCCGUCGCGCUUCCAGGCGCAGGCCGACGCGAUUAAUCUCAUCUGCGGCGCCAAGACGCAGUCGAACCCUGAGAACACGGUGGGCAUACUGACAAUGGCGGGGAAGGGCGUGCGAGUGCUCGUCACGCCCACCGCUGACCUCGGCAAGAUCCUCUCCACCAUGCACGGUCUGGAGGUGGGCGGGGACACGAAUCUGCUGUCAGGGCUGCAGGUGGCGCAGCUGGCGUUGAAGCACAGGCAGAACAAGAACCAGCGCCAGCGCAUCGUUCUCUUUAUUGGCAGCCCGGUCGCUGCAGAUGUUGAAACACUGGUGAAGGCGGGGAAGAGGCUGAAGAAGAACAACGUGGCUUUGGACGUGGUGAGCUUCGGGUGGGACGGCGAGGACGAGGAGAAGCAGGCGAAGCUGGAGGCGCUGCUGGGCGCCGUCAACAGCAAUGACAACUCGCACCUGCUGCACGUGCCGCCCGGCCCUGCCGUGCUCUCCGAUGUGCUCAUCAGCUCCCCCGUGUUCACAGGAGACGGGGAGGGUGGCAGCGGCUUUGCAGCAGCAGCAGCGGCAGGGGCAGCGGCGGCGGCGGCAGCAGGGGGCGGGGGCCUGGGAGGCGACUUUGACUUUGGCGUUGACCCCAGCGUUGACCCUGAGCUGGCCCUCGCCCUGCGCGUUUCCAUGGAGGAGGAGAGAGCCCGCCAGGAGGCCGCUGCUAGGAAGGCCGCAGCUGAGCAGCAGGCAGCUGCUGGUGGUGCUGGGGGUGAGGGAGGGAGUGGAGGGGAGGGUGGGUCGGGAGAGGGGGGGAAGGGGGAUGUGGCGAUGGGGGAGGGGGAGAAGAAGGCGGAGGAGGGGCGCGCCACUGCUGCCCCUGCUGCUGCUGACGUUGCUAUGGACGAUGAGGCAGCGCUGCUGCAGCAGGCACUGGCCAUGUCAAUGGCAGCAGGGGCGGCAGGAGCGGCUGGAGAUGCUGCCAUGCUCGAUGCCACUGCUGGAGGGGAGGAUGCUGAGCUGGCACUCGCCCUGCAGCUGUCGAUGCAGGAGGCAGCAGAGGAGGGCAAGAAGGAGGCUGCUGCUGCAGCAGCAGGGACAGCAGGUGAAGCACCAGCAGCAGCAGCACCAGCAGUGGCGGCGCCUGGGGACGUGGACAUGAGUCAAGUGCUGGGCGAUGCCUCCUUUGUCAACUCCAUUCUCUCCUCGCUGCCAGGGGUGGAUCCCAAUGACCCCUCAGUGCGAGACGUGCUCGCUUCACUCGCCCCUUCCCAGCCCCCCAAGGGUUCGGAAGAGAAGCCUAAGGAAGACAAGUGA